AUGCCGUUUUCCUGCUUCGCCACCGGCCGCAGCGACUCCUCCCCGGCCAAGGCCUCGUCGGCGACGUCCGUCUACUGGACGCACCUCGGCGCUAUAUCCCUCACGUGGUCCCGCUCCGCGCUGGGCCUCGUCCUGGCCGCCGACGUCAGCCUCGCCGGAGCCGAGGCGCCCGCGCGCUUCGUGCUCCUGCCGUGGCUCCCGUGGCGCCGGCGUGGGUCCAAGCGCUUCUCCACCGCGUCCGGCCACUCCGUCGCGUUCGCAUGGGACCUGUCGCGCGCCCGUCUCGCGCCGCGCCGGCCGGAGCCGCUGUCCGGGUACUCCGUGCACGUGACGGUCGACGGGGAGCUCGCUCUGGCCGCGGGCGACCUCGCGCCGUAUUCGUCUCCGGCGGCGUCCGCUGGCACCCUCCUCUCCCGCCGCGAGGACCCCGUCACCGCCGGAGAGUACACGACCUCCGUGACCGUCGCGGGCGAGGAGCACGAGGUGUCGGUCGGCGUGGAGGAGGCGGCCAUGUGGGUCGCCGUCGACGGCGAGAGAGCGCUCCAGGUGCGUCGCCUGCGGUGGAAGUUCCGCGGCAGCGAGAGGCUGGACCUCCCGCGCUGCGGCAGCGCGGUACGCGUCACGUGGGACCUCCACGGCUGGCUCUUCCGCCCAGACGCCGCCGCCGUCUUCAUCCUCCGGUUCGACGCCGACGGCGCGUACCCCAUGGUGGAGGACAUGGAGGAAGACGCCGGCAUGCACACCCUUAAGCAGAGUUCUUUCAGAUUCAGGGGCCACCAAGCCACGGGCGGCGGCGAGAGCCGGGGCAGCAGUGGCGACAGGGGAUCAUGGAGGCGGAGUCCGUUCAGGUCGGGCUCGGACUCGUCCCCGACGGUGUCGGUGGCGUCGACAUCCGCGGCGUCGUCGUCGGCAGCCAGCGUCACGACAGUGGCUGUGUGGGCCGCCGCGGAGGAGACCGCGCUGCAGGGCGGCGACCACGGGUUCUCUCUCAUAAUCUACCUCUGGAAGAAAAAGAAGAGGUCACGGUGAUGCAUUCAGCAUGGUAAUUUCGGCGCUAGCUGCAUUGCUUUGGAUUGUAGGAACAUGUCUUGAUUGAGAGAACUCAUGCUUGCUGCGUGCACGUUAAUGUCAUUUUUUGGGGUUCUUUGCCGCCAUAGAUGGAUGCAAAAAAACAAGUUAGAGUUCAAUUCUGGCCGUGUUCGUUUUAAAUUUAGAGAAUUGUU